AUGGCCUCCCGGAACACCUUCGUCCUCCUUAACAGUCGUUGCAGUUUUCAGCAUUUAUACCAAUAUCAACAUAGGAUAGCUGCUGCAACAAAUCUCGUAGCCCGACAGUGUCCCUCGUGCUCAUCUAUCAACAGUCGACUACAGCGGAAUAUGGGGUCGAUAGCCGGGGCGAAAAAUGAGUAUAUGGUCAUCGUGCCCGAUAAGGAGGGAGCUAUGCUUGAAUUCCACCCCAAAGAGAGUCAAACGCCCCCAAUGAAAGGCAGUGUGUUGCUUGUGGUUGCUGAGUCUUCUGAGGCCGUACGUGAGCAAUUAUCAAAGGAUAUUUAUGCCACGUCAGGAGUGUGGGACAUUGAAAAGUACGUCUAA